UUGAAAUCAAAGUGUUAUUUAAUAAAAAGCCAGUUCAACAGUAAAGAACAUGAACAUCUUAAUAAAUACACUGCAUAUCUCAAUAGUAGUACUAGUAGUACUACAUAUUCAAUUAGUAGUAUACAUUACAUGUAUAUGGCAUCCAUCAAAUCGUAUCAAUCACAAUGGUUAUGAACAUCAAUUCAAUACACAUUAUAUAAAUCGUAAUUAUGAGAAUAAUGACAAUAAUAAUAAUAAUAAUAAUAAUAAUAAUAAUAAUAAUCGUAAUAAUAAUGACCAACCAUUAAUGAAAGAAAUUAAAUCUGUCAAAUAUCAUGGCCAUACAUAUACACAAGUAUUACAUUUGAAAUUAUCAUUUCAUGAAGCUGAACGUUAUUGUAAUCAAGCAUUUACAAAUGAUGCACAUUUAGUGUCGAUACAAUCCGAUGAUGAAUGGAAAAUGCUAUCCAAGUGUUUUGGACAGGCUGGUUCAACUAAAAUAUGGUUAGGUGGGACAGCAGAUCUAAUCAAUCGUAAUUAUGUUAUUUUACGAUGGUUCGAUGAAACCGAUUUUAAAUACCUUCGAUUCUCAGACAAGGAAAAAGAACACUGGCAAAAAAUGCUAAGGAAUCAUCAAGGAUGUAUUGUUGGCACUUUGAAAAACAAUGGCCAAGGUGAUUGGAACAUUCAAACUAUGUUAUGCAAUGAACCGAAAGAGUUUAUCUGUGAAGAAAUCGAUCCCGACUUUCCAAAGAAACCAUGGGAUAAUGAAAAGCCAAGACCAUAUGGUUACAUACCUUCAGAAACACCGUUUCAACAUCCAUUGAAAAUCCCGCAAUUUGGAAUUCUUCCAUUGCAUCAAGAAAUGUAUCAACCAAAAAUACCAGUAGGUCCGAAAAAUUUAUUUAUUGCUCCUGCAUCGUUGGAAGAGACAGCUGAACAACAACCAAUAGUAGAAAACACAGAACAACAACAAGUACACCCAAGUACACCGCCGGUUCAACAAAAAACCAAUCACACUGCGGUGAUACGCAACACUAGUAGUAGUAGUAGUAGUAGUAGUGAACGCAAACAUGACAUUGUACGAACAACCAAGAAAGCGAAUAACAUGACCGAGAUACCAGCAAGUACCAUAAACGCAAUCCCAAAUAGGAAAGUGAAAUUUGUUAUUAUCAAACCGACUGAUGAGAAAACACGAACUGAAGAAAAUAAUAGUCAUAAUAAUAAUAAUAAUAAUAUUAAUAAUAUUAAUAAUAAUAAUGAUAUGAAACCAGUUAAUCCUGUAGAUCAAAGCUCAGAAAAUCAAUCUGGACCAGUGACAAUUUACCUACAAGGUGUUUCUGUCCCGAAUAACUAAUUUGAAACAGAAAGGCUCAAUAAUAAUAAUCAUAAUAAUAUUCCCCCCUACUUUAAAACAAUUUCAUCAAUUGACUGUUUGUCAUUCAUUUUAAACUGUCUGGUUAUAAAUAAGAUUGUUGAAUAAAGAUUUUCA